AUGGAAUGGGAGUUUGAUGAUGAAAAUCAUUGUAUUGCUGAUAAUUCUAAAACAUUGGUAAUUGUAAAUCCUGAUCUAUUAUUAACCGCAACUCGUGUAGCUGAUUCUUUUUCAUGUUUAAGAAAAGCAAUAUUACAAGAUCGUGUAAAAGCCAAUGAUUCAAUCAAUCCUUCUGCUAUCAUAGGAAUUUUGUGUCAUCAACUGUUUCAAUCAUGUCUUUCAAAUCAAAAUUUUUCAACAAAAUUUAUGGAGAAAAAAUUACAAGAAUUAGUCAAGCAUACCACACAAAAAAUUUAUAGUGCUAAUCUACAAGAAGAAGGGGUUAUUGCUGAGUUGAGAACUAUCAUACCAAAAUUCCAAUCAUGGGCAAAAACUUUCGUUGGCAAUACCCCAUUAAAUAGCACAUUCACCGAUGUUAAUAAUUCCACAAAAGUUGCUAUAAGCAAAGUUUUAAAUAUCGAAGAACUUAUUUGGUCACCAAAUUAUGGUUUGAAAGGAAUGAUAGAUGCGUCACUUGAAGCUAAAGUUUACACUGCUGCUGCUGAAUUAAAGACGGUUGUUAUGCCAUUUGAAUUGAAAACUUCAAAAAGCUCUUCAUUAAUCUUAAAUCACAGAUCCCAAACUCUCUUUUACACUCUACUAAUGUCUGAUCGUUAUAAAGUUGGUGUUGAUUCUGGUCUUCUCUACUAUCCAAAAUCUAAUGAUUGUGCCACAACAGGAAAAAUGUAUGCCGUCAAUGCAUCACAUGAAGAUUUGAAAGCACUUGUCAUUAGGAGGAAUGAGGUCGCAUACUAUGCAAAAAAUGGUCAAAUAUUGCCGCCAAUGCUUAAAAAUGAAUAUGUUUGUAAAAAUUGUUUUGUAAGAUCUAGUUGCCUGUUGUAUCAUAAGGCCGUUGAGAAGGGUAAUGAGGAAACAAGUGGUCUUGGCAUGCUUUUUAAGCAAGAGACAGGACAUCUGAAUAACAAAUAUUCAAAAUUUUUUGGUAAAUGGGAUAAUAUUAUUCAUAAAGAAGAUAUGGAGACUGAUGCUGUAUAUGUUCGGCAACAUAUCUGGAAUAAACCAGCGAUAGAACGUGAAAUUGUUGGUCAAUGUUUAACUGAUAUGAAGCUAGAGUUGGAGAGUGUAAUUGAUAAUUCAAAAUCUGAAGAAUCACUUUCAUCAGAGAAAGAUCAACAAUAUGCAUUAGCAUUGGGUAAUGUCUAUUCUCUUUCGUCUGAUGCUAUCUGGUUAUCUUUGGAUCGUGUUCCAUUUAAUGGUAUAAGACACGAGGAGGACUUUGAUAUUGAAUCAUGCCACACUUUUGUAAGCUCACUAAAUAGUAGUAGUAGUAACAGCAGCGGUGAUAAUGAUAAGUAUAAUUCAAUAAUAACAACAACUUUUCGUAUUGAUCGUGACGAAUCAACUCUUUCUAUUAGUUUGAUGAUAAGACAAAAUCUAGUAAAACUCUUAAUGAAUGUUGAAAAUACUCACCUAAGGAGAUUGGUGGUAGAUGGUAUUUUGCCAAAGUUUGAUGAUAAUUCUGAAGAGAUUAAUUGUUUUGUGGAAUCUGGAAAAUUAAAUGAUAAUCAAAAAAAAGCAAUGAAAUUGGCGUUAAAUGCACAAGAUUAUGCAUUAAUAUUAGGAAUGCCAGGAACAGGGAAAACCACUAUAAUUGUUGAAAUAAUUAAAGCAUUGGUAGCAAUGAACAAGUCAGUUUUAAUAACAGCUUAUACACACACAGCAAUCGAUCAUAUUUUACUGAAAUUGGUUGAUGAAGGCAUUGACAUCUUGAGACUUGGAUCUCGUGAAAAAGUAAAACCAGAGCUUCGGAAUUAUACAUUUGAUAAUUUAGCAUUUGAAAGUGUUAGCAAAUUGGACGAAAUUAUUCAAAGUAAAAAGGUUGUUGCAAUAACUUGUUUAGGAGCGAAUCACUGGAUUUUCAAAAAGAAGCAAUUUGAUUAUUGCAUAGUUGAUGAAGCUUCACAGAUGAUUUUACCAGUAUGUAUUGGACCAUUAUUUAAUGCUAAAAGAUUUCUUCUAGUUGGUGAUAAUUAUCAAUUGGCACCAAUUAUUCGUGAUAACAAACAAGGAGCAGAAAGGGUUGAAGAGGCAACAAGUUUGUUUAGAACUUUGUUGGAGACAGCUCCAUAUGCAGUUGAAAUUUUAACUUCCCAGUAUAGAAUGUCAUCAGAGAUCAUGAGUAUAACAAAUAUGUUAAUAUAUAAUUAUAAAAUGUCAACUGGUUCAUCAACUAUCGCAAAUAGAAGACUUGAAAUACCAAAUUGGAAUUCAAAUUUUCUAGAUGAAUUUCACAAUGACAACAACAUCAACAACGUUAAUAAUAUUUCUUGCAGUAUAAAUGGUGAAAAAAAUUGCUGGUUAAGAAAUGUAUUAGAUCCUGAGAGACCAGUGAUUUUUGUCGACACAGAUAUCAUUGAUGGCGAUGGUAAUAAUGGUAGUCCAAAGGAGGAGGUUGUUGGUAGCCAAAUCACAAAUAAUUUCGAGGUUCAAUUAAUUUCUUUAACGAUAAAAGCAUUGUUAGCUGGCGGAGUUCCUGCAAAAUCUAUCGGAGUAAUAUCUAUUUAUCGGUCACAAAUGAGACUUAUAAAAUGUUUGUUGGGUGAUAAACAAGACGAUAUUGAAGUUUCAACAGUGGAUAAAUAUCAGGGACGUGACAAGGCUUGUAUUUUAGUGUCAUUUGUUCGAUCAAACUCUAAAGAAAUGGUUGGUGAGUUGCUUACAGACUUUCGCAGAUUAAAUGUUGCGUUAACUAGAGCAGAAUCCAAGUUAAUUUUAUUUGGAAGUUGUAAUACUCUUAAUAAGACACCGCUUUUAAGAACAAUUAUUUCUUUCAUGGAAGAGAAAAAUUGGAUAAUUAAAAAUCAAAUUUGUUAUAAAACCUUAGAAAAAGAAAAGUUAACGUGUGCUGCUAGUAAGCUUAUCCUUAAAGUAAAGCUCCUGAAUCCAGAAUAUAAACGAUUAAAUAAUGCAUUAUCCCUUGAAUGUGGAGAAGAUUUCAUUAAACUAGAGUAUUCUUUCGAUAUACCUUCUGCAGAAUUAGUAGGUUAA